AUGUUUCCUCGGCCUCUGAUUGAGAAAUUUACGUUCCAUAUUGGGAGAUCAGGAGAGUGGGUGGCCAUUAUUGCCAAGUUCGCUUUAAACCAGGGGAUGAGCCAUUACGUCAUGGUAGCCUACAGGAUGGCCAUUGCCACUGUUGUUACGGGUUUAGAUGUUUCUCUAUACAGGCCUGUGCUUGACCAGUGCCUACACUAUAUUGGGAUGACAUAUACCAAUUCCUCUUUCCCGUCUUCUAUGUACAAUAUCCUUCCUGCAGUUGCAUUUUUAAUGGCUUCGAUGUUUGGGCUUGAAAGGGUCAAUAUUAGGGAACUGCAUAGCCAGGCAAAGAUAUUGGGAACCAUUGUGGUGGUCGGCGGGGCAAUGUCAAUGACUCUAAUACAGGGAAGCGAGCUAAAUCUUCCAUAG